AUGAAGAGAUUCUCCUGCAAGAAGAUCGGAUUUUUGACGUAUUGUGAGGGAAGCAGCGAAUUGCACGGUGUGAGAAAGUUGACAAGGAGAGAUGCAAAAACGACGAAGCUUUGGGCCUUUAGAAAAGGAAAAACAGCAGAGAAGAUGGAACAACGAAAAAAAAAUAUAUAG